AAAUAAAAUGGAACGUUCUUCUGUUUUGAGAGAAAAUCGGCAAAGGCCCAGAGCACCACCAUCCCCAUUGAUGUUUGAGUCAGAUGAAGACCCGGAAGAAGAAGACUUGGCAAACAACAGUAACAAAGAGAAUGCAGAGGAGAGCGUUGUCGAGCUUAACAAAGAGGAAAAAAUUUUAAAAGGUUUUCAAACAGUGUUGAUGGGGAUUCCUCCUCCUCCGGCUUUCACUGUACCACAGCUCGAUUGCCGGGAAAUCCUCAAGUUAUGGAGGGAAAACCAGUCCUUCAGAGUUACAUUGUCUCCUGAAAAACGUGAAAACAACACAAGUGUGUGCAAGCAGGAAGAAAAUGCAGCAAAAGAUACAAAAUGGCCUGAAACCUUACAACUUGAUUAUUGGGAUGUAUACUACAACAAGAGUUCAGCAAGUGAAGAGUUGGAACGUCUGAGUAUUCGGUACAAAGAGAGGUAUGUGGGAGUUGAAACGUCGUCCUGUGUCAAUGCUCUGUUCGCUAAGAGUCCGUUGUGCACUGCCAGCGCUCGCAAAAGAGCGCGCCACCGAGCGUGGGGUCACAGUCCAGGUCGGCGACUCAGCCAUCUGGCGCGCCGGCGCAAGGCGUUCUCAUCAGCCAAUCUGUGCAGUGUCGCCGGCAACAAGAAUCCGGACAAGAAGAUGAUAAUGGUGGAAAUUAAGAAACUUGGCAACCGGCAGAAGAAAAAGGGAUCAGCUAAGAAGACAAAACCGACGCCAAAGAAGAAGAGUGAAACCCAGUCAAGCAAUUAUAAAAGGGCUCUGUUCCAAAGUCCAGAUCAGGAUCCGACGUCCAAAACUCCAAACACUCAUUGCGUCCAGAGAUCCAAGCGGAAUUUGUUUGCCGAGAGUAGUGAGAAAAAGAACCAGUUUGGGAAACGAGAGAGGCCGAUGCCGAAGAGGGUGAGUCCUCGUAAGCGGGUGAACAGGAGCUUGUCGUUCCAAGAGAGUUUACAGCCUUCCGCCCCUCCUCGAGUGCCUCCGCCUAAACCACCUCCUACGGCCAAUCAGCCGCAACCUUUGAGCGGAACCCAUAAGCAGAAGAUGCUGUGGGCUGCCACCAACGCCCUGCGAGAGGAGGGGAUCAGGAUGAGCCACGAGUUAUUCCGUCCGUGCAUGACCGUGCUGUUCCGUACAUGCCACAGGUUGUGGCUCACGAGGUUUGGCGCAGACCUGCAUGACGGAGAGGGUAGCACCAGCGAGCGCAUGUUGGCUCUGGCUAAACAGUUCAGCUCUUACACUGUCCGAGAGAUCGGUUCAGACCCAACUUCAGAACACAUGGCGCUCGUCUACAACAACAGCUUGAAGAUGGCAGAGACAAUUUUCAACCAACCCAGCAGCAGUGGAGUCAGUAAGAUGUCUAAAAAUAUAAGCAGUGAUUUGAAUGUCAAUAGUAAAACUACCAAACUAUAUAUGGAUAUUGACACUGAUAAGCCUGUGUUAGGGAGUAAUAGAAUAGCUAACGUAGAAAUGAACAAUAAAAUAGUUGACAGAACAGAUUCAUCAGUAAAAGUAAAAGCUAAGAGUAAAACAAGGACUCCGAGUAAAAGUGAUAGUGCAAGAGAGAAUGCAUCAAGAGAAGUAUCUAAUCUGCAAGUUUGUAAUGCACAAACUAUAGUGAAAAACACCCCGUCCAAAGUAAUCUGCAGAGAUUCACCUAGAAGCUCGCCUAGAUUUGCCAAAAGACCUGAAGCAAACACUAACAAUGUUCCCUCACCUAGUGGUGGUCAGAACGGAUCUGAAGCUAACUCUAGCUCAAGUUCAGUUUUGGAAACUACCACUGCUUCAUCUUUUGCUAGUUACCAGAUUACUGAGUCUUCAGGAGGACGACGAAUCACUAGGAGCGUAUCAACUGAUACUAAACGUAGUCUUAGAUCUACCAAAUCACCAAAGAAGAAGACAGAACUUGUAGACAGAUUUCUCAGGAUGCUGAGUCCACAGGUUCUGCAAGCUCUAGUCAAAGUAAAGCGGAACACAGUGAACCCUUACCAGACUCGCCAGAAUUUGUAUCACCACAGACCCGAUCAAGAAAAGCAAAAUCAACCAAAAGUGUUUCCUCUAAUAACCACCGAAGUUAGAGCCUCACUGGGCAGACUGAUGAAGGGGAAGCAGAAGAUUCUACAUCACCUCCGUCACUUGCUCCGCAUUGGGAACAAGAAAGUUGCAGCGGUACAAGCACUUCUUUGCCCGAGUCCAUAA